UUUUGACCUUCCUCUUGAAAGCGUCUGGGGACCCUCAGACCAUAUUCUGAGAACAACUUUUUGAGUUAAUAUUAGUCAAUUCAUCAUCACCUGAAAAUUAGUUAUGAGGUUUUACAAGCCUGAGGAUUUAAUGCGAUGUACUUUUUCAGAAAGAUGAAACAACGGACAUACUGAAUGUCCCCAUUAUAACGCAUCCAGAGAAUGCACAAAUAUGCCAUUUUCAUCCGUCAAAAGAACUGAAGCCGAACUGAGGGACUGUACAUCAGAUAUUUGGAGUUCUUACAACAUGGCAGACAUUGACAACAAAGAACAGUCUGAACUUGAUCAAGAUUUGGAUGAUGUUGAAGAAGUAGAAGAAGAGGAAACUGGUGAAGAAACAAAAAUCAAAGCACGUCAGCUAACUGUUCAGAUGAUGCAAAAUCCUCAGAUUCUUGCAGCCCUUCAAGAAAGACUUGAUGGUCUGGUAGAAACACCAACAGGAUACAUUGAAAGCCUGCCUAGGGUAGUUAAAAGACGAGUGAAUGCUCUCAAAAACCUGCAAGUUAAAUGUGCACAGAUAGAAGCCAAAUUCUAUGAGGAAGUUCACGAUCUUGAAAGGAAGUAUGCUGUUCUCUAUCAGCCUCUGUUUGAUAAGCGAUUUGAGAUUAUUAAUGCAAUUUAUGAACCUACGGAAGAAGAAUGUGAAUGGAAACCAGAUGAAGAAGAUGAGAUUUCGGAGGAGUUGAAAGAAAAGGCCAAGAUCGAAGAUGAGAAAAAGGAUGAAGAAAAAGAAGACCCCAAAGGAAUUCCUGAAUUUUGGUUAACUGUUUUUAAGAAUGUUGACUUGCUCAGUGAUAUGGUUCAGGAACAUGAUGAACCUAUUCUGAAACACUUGAAAGAUAUUAAAGUGAAAUUCUCAGAUGCUGGCCAGCCUAUGAGUUUUGUCUUAGAAUUUCACUUUGAACCCAAUGAAUAUUUUACAAAUGAAGUGCUGACAAAGACAUAUAGGAUGAGGUCAGAACCAGAUGAUUCUGAUCCCUUUUCUUUUGAUGGACCAGAAAUUAUGGGUUGUACAGGGUGCCAGAUAGAUUGGAAAAAAGGAAAGAAUGUCACUUUGAAAACCAUUAAGAAGAAGCAGAAACACAAGGGACGUGGGACAGUUCGUACUGUGACUAAAACAGUUUCCAAUGACUCUUUCUUUAAUUUUUUUGCCCCUCCUGAAGUUCCUGAGAGUGGAGAUCUGGAUGAUGAUGCUGAAGCUAUCCUUGCUGCAGACUUCGAAAUUGGUCACUUUUUACGUGAGCGUAUAAUCCCGAGAUCAGUGUUAUAUUUUACUGGAGAAGCUAUUGAAGAUGAUGAUGAUGAUUAUGAUGAAGAAGGUGAAGAAGCGGAUGAGGAAGGGGAAGAAGAAGGAGAUGAGGAAAAUGAUCCAGACUAUGACCCAAAGAAGGAUCAAAACCCAGCAGAGUGCAAGCAGCAGUGAAGCAGGAUGGUCUACCUUCUGCUUCCCUGGAAAGGAUGAAUUUACAUCAUUUGACAAGCCUAUUUUCAAGUUAUUUGUUGUUUGUUUGCUUGUUUCUGUUUUUGCAGCCUAAAAUAAAAAUUUCAAAUACAAUUUUAGUUUUUACAAGAUAAUGUCUUAAUUUUGUACCAAUUCAGGUAGAAGCAGAGAUCUUCCUUGAAUUAAGGGUUAUACUCAGUUUUUACCACAUUGUUGAAGAAAAGGGUACCAGCUUUGGCAUGAGAUACUUGCUUUUUUUUUUUUUUAAUUAAUUUUCUUUGGGUUAGAGCUAGAGAGAAGGCCCCAAGCUUCUGUGGUUUCUUCUAAUUCUUACUGCUUAAAGUAUGAAUAUGUCACUUAAACCCAUGCUUCUGUUUACUGUGUAUUAAAAUGGGUAGUACUGUUUACUUAACUACCUCAUGGAUGUGUUAAGGCAUAUUGAGUUAAAUCUCAUAUAAUGUUUCUCAAUCUUGUUAAAAGCUCAAAAUUUUGGGCCUAUUUGUAACGCCAGUGUGACACUCAGCAUUUUGUUCACACCACGCUUUGAUAACUAAACUGGAAAACAAAGGUUAAGUACAUCUGUUCUGGAUCUGGGCAGUCAGCACUCUUCUAGAUCUUUGCGUGGCUCCUAUUUUUGUAGAAGUGGAUGGAUGCACUAUUUCACAAGGUCCAAGAUUUUUUUUCAGAUAUUUUUGAUGACUGUAUUGUAGUAAAUACUACAGGGAUAGCACUAUAGUAUUGUCAUGAGACUUAAAGUGGAAAUAAGACUAUUUUUGACAAAAGAUGCCAUUAAAUUUCAGACUGUAGAGCCACAUUUAUAAUACCUCAGGCUAAUUACUGUUAAUUUGGGGGUUGAACUUUUGAUGACAGCAAGGGUGGAUUAUUGGAUUGUCAUUAGAGGAAGGUCUAGAUUUUCUGCGCUUAAUAAAAUUACAUUGAAUUCAUUUUUAGAAUUAGUGAAAACUUCCUUUUUGAGAUGUUAGUGUUAAGGUCUUGGAAUGUGAACACAUUGUCUGUAGUGCUAUCCAUUCCUCUCCUGAGAUUUUAACUUACUACUGGAAAUCCUUAACCAAUUGUAAUAGCUUUUUUCUCUUUAUUUUCAAAAUGAUUUCCUUUGCUUUGAUUAGACACUAUGUGCUUUUUUUUUUUUUUUUUUUAACUAUAGCUCAUCGAAAUGCAGCUUUUUCUGAACUUUAAAGAUAGAAUCCCAUUUUUAAUGAACUGAAGUAGCAAAAUCAUCUUUUUCAUUCUUUAGGAAAUAGCUAUUGCCAAAGUGAAGGUCUUGUUACAUAAUGGGGAUGUGGUUUGCAGAAGAAUUUUCUUAAGGGAUGUCAGUGUUUAUGCCAUUUUUCCAGUUCCAAAAUGAUUCCAUUCCAUUCUAGAAAUUUGAAGUAUGUAACUUGAAAUCCUUAAUAAAAUUUGGAUUUAAUUUUAUAAAAUGUACUGGUGAUAUUUUGGGUGUUUUUAAAUGAAUAUAUAUACUUUUUUUUUGAAGAGUGGAGAGUAGUGAUGUCUAGAGUGAGCUAUUUCGUGCUGAGGCCAUUGUGUUCUGUAAAUCCAUAAUUUUAAGAGCAAUCUCACAAUCCCUGCUAAGUGGAGUUUAUUAUUUGAAGACUAAAAUGGAAUUCCAUAGUUCCCAAUAGAUUAUAUUCUGAGUUAUCUACGAACAUUUUUGAGACACUUGAAGAUUUGUCUUUACACUCUGUAGUUUCCAGCAGCCCAUGCAGACUGCCAAGUAAGUCUCAUUUUUUUUUCCUGUUAGAAAUGGUGAAGUAUCAUAUAGUCACUUAUAAAGAACACUGAUUAGAAAAAAUUUUAGCGUUGUUUGCUUUAUGGUCACUCAAAUAUGGUAAGUGUUCCACAUAUUCCACAAAUUGAUCAGUUGAUAGUUUAACAUGGAUGUCUGAAAGCCACAUAUAUAAUUUCUUAGGAUUCUCAAAUUAGUAAAUCUAGCUUACUGAAACAGUAUUAGCAUCACUAUUUUAGGUUGCAAAAAUACUUUAAUUGUGUGGAAUUGGCUAAUAGAGUGGUACUUAAGAAAAAUGGGAUUCUACCUCUAUUUCUGUUUUAGCUUUAGCACACUUAAACAUGAAAGGAUAUAUUAACUUUCAUAGAAAUAUUUUUGUUGUGUGAAUAGGUUAAUGAUGCGGUAAGGCCCCUAAGAUAACUGAAUUAACUGUUUGUUGUAAUUGUAGGCCAUUCCCAUUAUUAAAAAUAAAGACAAAACUUUGAGUAACUGAAAAUCUUAUCGUGCUAUGUAGAAACAUUGAACUAAUAUUCAAAUAGUUGAAUGCUUUGGUUUCAGGGAUUGGUUUAAAAUUUGCCUCCUUUUUCAUGGGUUAGUCUUAUAAAAAUUUAAGCCUUUAUAUUUUUGACUUUAAAUCAAAACAAAUGUUAUUUUAAAUGUACAGAAUACAUUGACAGUGCAGAAGAGCGUAAGUUCUUCAUAGGAGCUUUAGAAAAGAGAAAUAUAUGCCAAUUCAGUUUUUUUUUUUAUCUUCUGCACUGUACAUAUACACUUGGUAAUUACGAGCUCAAUUUUGUUUUUGGAAAUAGUGUUCAUAAUUUAGGUAAUUUGCUACUUAAAGCACUAAGUCUCUGAUACCUGAAAAGUAAAUGUAAAUGGUGAUGGUGAAAUAAUACUGCAAUUAACUUAAUAGAUGUAUACUGCUGAUUUUUGUAUGCUGGAUUAAAACUCCAGAUAUUAAAAUAUAACCUGGAUAAAAAAGUUCUUGGACUGAUUGAGGAUCGCUUACAUGACUUUACAUAAAUGGAAACAUCCUUGUUGGUAUAUGAAAUUGUUUUACUCAAGGAUAAGUGUUUAUUCAUAAGAAAUUUUGAUUGAUGUAUUACAUUUUCAAAAAUA